UGUGUGUGUGUGUGUGUGUGUGUGUGUGUGUGUGUGUGUGUGUGUGUGUGUGUGUGUGUGCGCGCGCGUGUGUGUGUGUGUGUGUGUGUGUGUGUGUGUGUGUGUGUGUGUGUGUGUGUGUGUGUGUGUGUGUGCGCGCGCGCGUGUGUGUGUGUGUGUGUGUGUGUGUGCGCGCGUGUGUGUGUGUGUGUGUGUGUGUGUGUGUGUGUGUGUGUGUGUGUGUGUGUGUGUGUGUGUGUGUGUGUGUGUGUGUGAGAGGGGGAAACAGAGCAGAGAUGUAGCGCAGCUCUCCGGGACUCCGUAUUCAGCCGUCUGUCACUUUUUUUUUUUUACCGGGGGGGAUUAUAUGUUUGACAUCACCGCGGAAUGAGACAAAAAAACGGAUUUAUAUUUUUGCACACUUAACACUUGAUGAACGUGUCGCGUAAAUGCGACCGAAAGGAACUACCUUUUCGGGGGGAAUAUUUAUGCUUCGGGACGGUUUUGUCGGAGUAGCUAGUUGCUAGCUGCUGGGCUAAGCUGGCUACUUCGAAGCGAGGAUGCUUCGGUGGAUACGACAACAGCUGGGCUUUGACCCUCCCCAUCAGAGUGACACCAGGACGGUUUAUGUAGCAAAUCGUUUUCCCGAGCAUGGCCACUACGUACCACAACGCUUUGCUGACAACAGAAUCAUCUCCUCCAAGUACACCGUUUGGAACUUUGUCCCUAAGAAUUUGUUCGAGCAGUUCAGAAGGAUAGCCAACUUCUAUUUCCUCAUCAUCUUCCUCGUUCAGUUAAUGAUAGACACCCCGACUUCCCCUGUCACCAGCGGUUUGCCUCUCUUCUUUGUGAUUACAGUAACUGCCAUAAAACAGGGCUAUGAGGAUUGGCUGAGACACAAUGCGGACAACGAGGUGAAUGGGGCUCCCGUGUUUGUGGUCCGCAGUGGAAGUCUGGUCCAGACAAGAUCCAAGAACAUCAGGGUCGGAGACAUUGUUCGUGUGGCUAAAGAUGAGACGUUCCCCGCUGACCUGGCGCUGCUGUCCUCUGAUCGUGCAGAAGGCACCUGUCACAUCACCACAGCCAGCCUUGAUGGAGAGACCAACCUCAAGACUCACUUCUCUGUGGCGGAGACAUCAGUGUGUCAGUCAGUGUCUCAACUGGAGGCUCUGCAGGCGGUGGUGGAGUGUCAACAACCUGAGGCUGACCUGUACAGGUUUGUUGGUCGGAUCACGGUGACUCAACUUGGAGAGGAGAUAGUCAGACCUCUGGGUCCAGAGAAUUUGCUGCUUCGUGGAGCCAGAUUGAAAAAUACCAAAGAGAUUUUUGGAGUGGCGAUUUACACAGGGAUGGAGUCCAAGAUGGCCCUCAACUACAAGUGCAAGUCCCAGAAACGCUCUGCAGUAGAGAAGUCCAUGAAUACCUUCCUGAUCAUCUACCUGUGCAUCUUGCUGUUUGAGGCCGUCCUCAGCACCAUCUUGAAGUACGCCUGGCAGGCUGAGGAGAAAUGGGACGAACCGUUUUACAAUCAGAAGACUGAGCAGGAGAAAAACAGCAGCCCGAUCUUGAAGUUCAUCUCAGACUUCUUGGCGUUUCUGGUCCUCUAUAACUUCAUCAUUCCCAUCUCGCUCUACGUAACUGUGGAGAUGCAGAAGUUCCUGGGCUCCUUUUUUAUUGGCUGGGAUUUGGACCUUUACCACGAGGAGAGCGACCAGAAAGCUCAGGUCAACACGUCUGACCUCAACGAGGAGCUGGGACAGGUGGAAUAUGUGUUCACAGAUAAGACGGGUACAUUAACAGAAAACGAGAUGCAGUUCCGGGAGUGUUCCAUCAACGGGACCAAGUACAGAGAAGUUAACGGCAAACUGGUGCCAGAGGGAAUGACUGAAGAGUCGCCAGAUGGUUCGACACCUCAACUGAUGGGCGAGGAAUUGUUAUUCCUGAAAGCUGUGUCACUGUGUCACACGGUUCAGAUCAGCUACGAUCAGCCAGACUGUCUGGUUGGGGGAGGAGAUCCAUUCUCCCAAGUGAACGGUUUCUCUUCUAGUCACAUGGAGUACUACGCCUCUUCUCCAGACGAGAAGGCUUUGGUUGAGGCAGCAAAGAGGAUCGGAGUGGCCUUCGCUUGCAGCAACGGAGAAACAGUUGAGAUCAAAACCUUUGGCAAGUCAGAGAAAUAUAAACUGCUGCAUGUUUUAGAGUUUGAUGCUAACCGCAGGAGGAUGAGCGUCAUACUGCAAACUCCUUCAGGAGGCCAAGUACUGUUCACCAAGGGAGCAGAAUCAGCCAUCUUGCCUUUCACCACCAGUGGUGAGAUAGAGAAGACCAGACUGCACGUCGAUGAGUUUGCCUUGAAAGGUUUGCGGACCUUGGUGGUAGCAUGUCGCCACUUCAGACCGGAGGAGUACAUCGAUGUGGACAGGCGUCUGAACGCUGCCCGCACUGCGCUGCAGCAGAGGGAGGAGAGACUGCAGGAGGCCUUCAGCUACAUCGAGAAAGACUUGCAUCUGCUGGGAGCAACGGGGGUGGAGGACAAACUCCAAGACAAGGUCCAGGAGACCAUUGAAGCUCUGCGGCUGGCAGGGAUCAAAGUAUGGGUGCUGACAGGGGACAAAUCCGAGACUGCAGUCAGCGUCAGCCUGUCGUGUGGCCACUUCCACAGAACCAUGAACAUCCUGGAGCUUCUGCAGCAGCGCUCUGAUAACGAGUGUGCCGAGCAGCUCCGCAGACUAGCCAGAAGGAUAAAGGAGGACAACGUAAUACAACACGGGUUAGUGGUGGACGGGGCCAGUCUCUCCUUAGCGCUGAGGGAGCACGAGAAACUUUUUAUGGAAGUUUGUAAAAACUGUUCAGCUGUGUUGUGCUGCCGCAUGGCCCCGCUGCAGAAAGCUAAGGUGGUUCGUCUUUUAAAAACAUCUCCAGAGAAACCCAUCACUUUAGCGAUCGGCGAUGGAGCCAAUGAUGUCAGUAUGAUACAGGAAGCUCAUGUUGGCAUAGGUAUCAUGGGAAAGGAGGGUCGUCAGGCCGUGAGAAACAGUGACUAUGCAAUUGCCAGGUUUAAGUUUCUGGCUAAACUACUGCUGGUCCACGGUCACUUCUACUACAUUCGAAUAGCAACACUUGUACAGUACUUUUUCUACAAGAAUGUGUGUUUUAUCACGCCCCAGUUUUUAUACCAGUUCUUCUGUUUGUUUUCACAACAAACUCUGUAUGACAGUGUUUAUCUGACACUCUACAACAUCUGCUUCACAUCGCUGCCCAUCCUGGUGUACAGUCUGUUUGAGCAGCUGGUCCAUCCACACAUUCUGCAGAGUAAACCUGCCCUGUACAGGGACAUCAGCAAGAACUCUCUGCUGUCUUUCCGGACGUUCCUGUACUGGACUCUGCUGGGCUUCUGUCACGCCUUUGUCUUCUUCUUCGGAUCCUACAUACUGAUGGGAGAGGACACCACACUCAUGGGGAAUGGACAGAUGUUUGGAAACUGGACAUUUGGAACGCUGGUAUUUACUGUCAUGGUCAUCACAGUCACGUUAAAGCUUGCUUUAGAAACUCAUUUCUGGACGUGGAUGAACCAUUUUGUGACCUGGGGUUCAAUCGCCUUCUACUUCAUCUUCUCCCUCUUCUAUGGAGGCAUUAUUUGGCCGUUCCUUCACACCCAGGACAUGUACUUUGUUUUCGUGCAACUGCUGUCCAGCGGUUCGGCCUGGUUCGCCAUCAUCAUCAUCAUCAUAACUUGCCUGUUUCCUGAUGUGGUGAAGAAGGUCUUCUACAGACAUCUGCAGCCCACCAGCACACAGAAGAGUCAGUCUCUAUCAGCCCCCCAGGAGCAGGCCCUCAGCUGUGUGGAGUCCCUGUGCUGCUACCAACAUGGGCAGAGCGGCUGUUCCCGCCUGGCCCGCCUCAUGGAGCAAAUGACCGGGCGAUGCCGGGCCGGCGCCAACCAAUGCACCGCAUCGAGCCGCAGCAACAGGUCUUGGAGCGACACGGAGAACUUCUACUCCAAUGAUCGCAGCAUCCUGACCCUGUCGCCCAUCGAGUCCACCCACUGCUGACUCCCCGGGGGGCGGGGGGGGGCCUCUAGAAACACAGUGAGGGGGGGGGGGGGGGGGAGCGUCAUAAUCACACCACCACACCCCCUGGCACCAUAUUAUGCACCUACUUCAGUUUAAAGUCAACGUAGUCUCAGCACAGAUGGGACCUCUUGGGAGUAUAUAAAACCAAAGGACGAGGAGGACAUUGGAGAUUGGACCUGCAUUCGAAAGGAAAUAAAACAUGAAGUGAGGAGACGGUGGAUUGUGGAAGAACAUCAUCUGAGCAGCAACAAUUCUCAGAUUCCUGCUGCUUACAGGGCGUCUGCGAGUCCUGCGACCGUAUCUGAGAACACCAUAUUCAAAUUCAGCUGCUGCUUCAAAUUAAAGAAGAGAUUAAUGCCCAGCUACAGGAAUUAUCAAGCAGAUAUUUAUUUUCAUUUUCAACACGGUUACCACCUUCUUAUUCUUGCAGCUGAAAUAAUCGUGAUUCCUGUGAGUUGUGUAGAAACAGGGUGGAGGUUCCUGACAAUCUGGAUCCUCCUCGAAGCAAUGCAUCCUUAGCAUCGUAAGCUGACUGAGCUGGUUUGGACUUUCUGACACAGGACUGUGUUUUAAAACUCCCAGCUGCCCCUAACUUACACGUAGCACCGGUUUAAAAAGCUCCACAAAGUAAGACUACAGUCUACAUCUCAGACACGUUGGCGAGCAGCUAAAGCCUUGGCCUGGAUGAACCUUCAGUUGUGAAAGGGGAAUGUCCCGUAGCUUUUUUUUGGAGCCAUGCAGGAUUCUGUAAACGUCCAGACCAGUUACCUUUGGAGCUACAUGACUCCCUCAGAACUGUCGUAAAGGAGAUUCAUCUCUACAGUGGAACCAAAGACUGGAGUGUAAAAGAUGUUUAUUUUUGUGCCUGAUUGUACAGAAGCUUAUAUUGUUAAGAAGACGUUUUGUUAUUGUGCGUGCUGCUCUCAGGCCUCUCUCUCUCUCUCUCUCUCUCUCUCUCUCUCUCUCUCUCUCUCUCUCUCUCUCUCUCUCUCUCUCUCUCUCUCUCUCUCUCUCUCUCUCUCUCUCUCUCUCUCUCUCUCUCUCUCUCUCUCUCUCUCUUUCUCCUCGGUGUGUUGCUGUGAAGGAGUCCAGAUGGGGUCUGUUUAAAAAAAGCCAUACAUUUUUCCAGAGGUUAUAUUAUUGGUAGAUUAUCGAAGGUACUGCAGGUAGAAGCUCUGUGAAGCUCGGUGUUGUUACUCUGUGUUUUGGAAACUUGCUCCUCUUGAAUGCCUUUUUUCUCUCUCAGCCCGGUUAGCAGGAGCAUCUCAGCGCUCCGGGAAUAUUUUUAAGGUGACAGGAUCGAAUGUCUGAACUGGAAGAAAAAAAAAAAAAAACAUCCCUCUCAGCUUCCUAAAAAUAUUCCCCGAGUAUCCGAUCAGAUGACGGUACCAGUGAGUCAAAAAUGGCUUUAAUGGGCGAGAGGCUUUUCUAAACCGCGGCUGAUGCACGUCGACCCAGACAGCAGAAUGUCUCUAUAUUUAGAGGGAUCUCCAGAGCAGAUAAAUACAUUUCAGAUCCAACAGAAAGGAAACUUAAAAGCAGAACAUUUGCACACAAGUCACAUAUCAAAAUCACCUUUUUCUUUUUUUUGUUUCACAAUUCAUUGCUCAUCUCUCACCAUUGAAAUCAUCCGUCUUUAUUUUGUUGUUGCUGUGCUUGUCUAUCCACAUCUUGACUGUGUGUGUGUGUGUGUGUGUGUGUGAGAAAAUGGUGUGUUUUCUUUGUAUGGCCGCCAUGUUGGUUGAACAAACGGUACAGUACGCAGCCUUGUUGUAAGCCCUUGAUCGAUCUCAGUGACCACGUGUCUCCUAAGGUCAAAAGUAUCUCUCUGCUACUCCAUCUGUUUUAAUACUAUUAAAACGGCUUUACCCAAAGAGUACCUCCAUUGAAUCCUUUUUGGGGCCUAAACCAAGAAAAAAAUACUUCAAGCAGUUAAUGAUUUAAUGUGAAGUUUGGUUGACCCGCUACGUCUGUGUGGGAUUUUGUAUUUGAGAUAUUAACAGAGUCUGCACCAACCAUCAUGUGACUCCCAACAAGCCUGUUUGAUCAGGUGAAGAAGAAUCAAAGUCACCGUCAGAGUCCAACUCAGUCGAUAUAUUAUCACGAUCCGUGAUGAAAACUGGAAUUUUGCUUCUCUGAUAUGAAAUCCGUCUGACCGGAACAUGUAAUACAAUAUUUAUAUAUAGUUUUAUGAUUUAGACUAAAGUUUUCAUCACGUCAUUUUCUCACUCUGCCUGCAGCACACAGAGCAGAGGAGAUGUCGGCCUUUCAUAGAACUGGCUGACAAAGUUUAAUAAUGUAACAUUUUUACCUUUUGGUGCACAGACGAUGAUUAAAAAAAAAGAUCAGUCAUACUUCCAGCUGAAUAAUUCAUUCUAUUGGCUGCUUUAUAGGCAAUCUUUGAUUUUUUUCUUCCGUCUCAAAUCUGUAUCGGUCGGCCUCUAAUGGAGACAGUAUCAACUUAUCAGUACAGAAUCAUUAUUUUUAAUCACUCAGCUCUACGGUUCGCCCUCUUUAAAUCCAAUGAGGAAAAGUUUGACGUUUUUUUUUUUUUUUUUUUUUUUUUUAGAAGAAGAAUCUGAAAAAGUGUAACGAAGGAUCCUUUUGUUGACAUCAUGCCUCAGAUCACACAGGGAAAACAUACAGGGCGGGGCAUAGGCUGUUUCUGUCGCCAUGGUUACCAUUUAAAACUCAUGAGAGUCAAGUGUGUCUUUGUCGGUCAACUCAUUGAAUAUUUUUUUUGUUUUUCAUGACGGUACAUUGUGUGAUGCAUUUCUGGGCCUGUUACAUCCUUUCUGUUCGUACACAAUGAAAGUGUCUAUUUAUUAUUAUCGAAUUUUUCUUUUUUCUCUCUUGUUUGUGUUGAAUUUAUAUUUGUUACAUAUCAAUGAAUAUUUUGUUGUCCUGUACUUGGAACAUCUAGAGACAUUUCACCUGACUUUGGACAUGAAAUCAGAAGUGCAAACGUAUUCUUUGUUUCACCUGGGAGCAUCAGAGAUACCUGUAACCUGGACUAUGAAGAAUAAAAGUCCAUUCUGCGUACUGUAUUAUGCUCAAUAAAUAAUGGUCAGUCCUGAUUAAAGGGGUCAGUGACCGCCGGGGGGGGGGGGGGGGGGGGGGGCCUUUUAAGAUGCCUUUGGGAAUUGUAGGAUCCAGUGUUUUUAGAGCUUGACUUGUCUGUGGGACUCGAACAAUCAGCUGUUUUGUUGAUGAAAUAUUAUAGAAAUGCAACACUGUAUUCAGGAGUAUCUCUUUAAGACUUCCUCAACAAAAGGUCAGAUGUGAUGUCUUUAACACUGGAUCCCACAACGUUUUUUAAAAGGUCUACCCUGCCCGGUAAAUGCCAACGACAUUCAUUUAGAAAGUGUCGAGCUCAAAGCGAGACGCCCCUGAUGAAUGUUUGAGUCUUUAAUGCUUCAACUUCAGAUAACUCUUUACACUCCAAAAAAAACUCAUCACGGUUCUCACAAGAGUCAGCAAGAUCGCAUAAUAGAUCAAAAUAUAUAAAUCAAGUUGAAGAGACAAAUUAAACUCAACCGCCCAGCCUUAAACUUAGCAACUGACCAAAGUCAAGUGCAUCGCUCCUCUCUUGAGUUAGGAGGAAAAAACACUCCAGUGCGCAUCAGGCUUUCCAGGAUUCGGAGCUGUGACCCUGUCGAGUUAUUAUACGACACCACAGAGCAGAUGGCAGAGCAGGAAGGUUGAGUCCUCCCCGCCCAGCGAGCCGUGCAGGAAAAAAAAAAAAAACCUGCAGCGUUACAGCCGCUCUGAUGCCCCCUUGUGCUCAGCUACGUAGAAACCAACACGUUCAGUAUAAAUCAAUUUAAUGAUGAAUAAAUACAAACAGAAUAAAUAAAUAAAGGGAAAUAAUAAACAGGUUCUGCCUGAAAGAAAAAACAUAUUUGGAGAAAACAUUAAAAGCAGAGUACAGUUAGCUGGAGGAUACAAAUAAAUCAAAGUGAGCAUACAGAUAUUGAUAUUAAAAUAGAUCUUUAUUUGACAGAAUAGCAAUAAAAAGGACUUUUGAAAGAAAAUGACCUGCAACCAAAUCCUUACUGUGAAGAAAAAAGUAACAUCUAAUAACAGCUGGUUUAUUUUCCUCUUUACAAAUCUUUUCAUGAAUCAUUUUAUUUACAUUUAGCGGUCACGUUUUGAUCAUUUUGAAGCGUCUCGAUGUUCACCUGUGUUUGAGGCUCUAUAUUCAGGUACAGAUGUUUGUGUUUGAUCAUGUCACACGUGAACCACGGUGACGUCUGACGUGAUGUCUGUGCAGGAAACAGACGCUGCAAUGUGACAUAAGUAACGACUUUGAUUCUGCAGAGCAUCACAGCGCUGAUGUCAUCGAAGCUUCAUCCAAUGAGAGCACAGAGUCUAGAAAUAAGGCCUCAGAGGAGAUUACUCAAUACUUAAAAAAAUUAUUAUUAAAUAUUUGAUCAGGACUCGACUACAGAUGAUGAUCGUGUGUCAUCAAUCAGCAGCACCAUUUAAGUUUAAUUAGAUAACUUAUUGAAGAGAGUGAGUGCUGAUAAUUCUGUCUACAGGAAACUAGGCUCCCCUGCUCCUGGAGAGAGCGGCUGUUUACGUAAUAUAAACAUAAAACUAAAUAGCUUAAAUCAUUUUACCGUUAUUUUACCAUCAGUUUUGCAAAAACAAACAAAAUGCCAGAAUAUUAACUUUUGAUCUGACAGACGUGCAGAGUAUAAAAAGAUGCUGACGUCAGUGCAGUGGUGCUCUUACAGAACUCAGCCAGCGGGUUUGCAGACUUGAAUCAAAUUAAGGGUUUUCUUGAUCAAAUCAGCUCGAAAAGAGAAAAUCUAAAUGAAAAUGUCAAGCGGUCUGUUUCCUGCAGCAGAACGUCCCGUGACUCAGCGUCGGCCUGUGAGACACACACAGUCAGGGCCGAGCGGUUUGUGGAGAUCAUUUUUUAUUCUCUCCUGUCAUCAGUCGAUCAGGCAGCACCAAACGAUUCAUAACCCCCCCCCCCAUCAUCAUCAUCACUUUUCUGUUGACCGAUAUCUGUUGUCGUCCGUCUGUCCGUCAGUAAAUCUGUCUUAUAGCUGAUGUUUAUGAAGAUGCGGUUCUAUUUACGAAAUAAAUACAUUUUUAUGAAACAAUC